AUGAGUUCAGCACCCAAAUGUCCUCGUACUGACGACUCAUAUGGACUGGGCGCGCUCGUUCUUGGUCAUUCUUUGCGCGGUACUGGGACGACUCGAAAAUUGGUCAUCCUCAUUACUCCAGACGUAUCCGACGCUAUGCGGCAUAGAUUGCAGAAAGUUUAUGACGUAAUUCAAGAGGUCAAUGUCUUGGAUCCCAAGGAUGCGGCCAACUUGGCGCUGCUGGCUCGGCCGGAACUUGCUUUCACUCUGACAAAACUCUAUGCCUGGAAUCUCACACAAUUUCAGAAAGCAGUAUUCAUCAGUGCUGAUUGUUUGGUGCUGCAGAAUGUGGACAAUCUUUUUGACCACGAAGAAUUAUCCGCAGUGACCUAUGUUGGCUGGCCGGAUUGUUUUAACACUGGUGUUUUCGUGUUUCGUCCGAAUACUGACACAUACACUCAGCUUAUUCAGUUCGCACUGGAGAAGGGAUCAUUUGACGGUGGGGACAAGGGCUUGUUGAAUCAGUUUUUCCCGGACUGGAAACGACUUUCCUUUGUUUACAACAUGGUCACUACAGCGAUUGAGUCGCCGGCAUUUAAACAAUAUGGUAGGAAUGUGAAGAUUGUCCAUUUUCUUGGGAGCAUCAAGCCAUGGCAUAGAACGAGCGCGGCAGGUGGCUCCUUCUCACCGGUUUUGGGGAAUUUCUUAUCACUGUGGUGGCAGGCGUUCAAUAUAAGCGUCCGUGGUGGUGUGGAAUCUGAAGUGCCGCGACUGGGACUACUGGUGUGCGUACCAGUCAUCAUGGUGCCAGUUUUAUCUCCCGUUCUGAAGAACAUCGGUAAGCGCUGGAUGGAUUUUGUGCGCCGAGAGUCUGUGAGGGCUGCCAUGGAUCCGCAUUACGGAGCUAAGACAAAUGUCCUCAUUGCCAUUAUGCUUAUGAUCGCUUGGCUGCCUAAAGCUCGUUCUGGAACGGCUACGAUCCCAACGAGUAAAGGAUAAAGCCGUAGUAGAGGAAUAUCCCGAUUUAAAACAAGUUCAGCGAUUAUAACAAGGGAAAGCGAGCAAAGUGCAGCAUACUGACAACGCGCAGUUCCGCGAACGAAAUGCCGAAGAAAAUGACGCGGUAGUGGAAAAUAAAAUCAGAUGGGUAAAGACAAGUAUGCGGACGACAUGAAAAUGCCUGGCACAAAAGUGAAUUUAAAACAAUUUCUUUUAUAAAAAUCAACGCAUCUGGGAAAAGCACUGGUAUCUUAUGUGCAUUGCUCAGAAAUAUAAGUAUCUGCUUGCUCUAACAAUAAGAUUUCCCAAGGUGUAUGUAACUUUGGCUGCUUUGCCAUCGGUACCGUUGCUGUUGUUCGAAAACGGCGGUCUGAAUAGAAUCGAUGUUCGCUGAAGAAUUUAAUAGACUGAAUGGUUUGUGCAAUUGCAGCUGAACUAUACAACCACACUUCAUGCUUUUUCAGUUUGUUAUUUAUUAAACAAG